CAUAUUCUGUCGUUGCAGUAUGCAACCUCAGUGUUUCUUUAUGGGAGGAGCGGUGCGACUUCCCCACUUCUGCUCCCACUAUGUACUUUUUUACAUCCCUGCUUACGUUUGGCUGGCAUAGCCUAAUUUCCGCAUUCCCAAAUCCUCCCAGAUUGGGAUCACGUUUUAAAUCGGUCUGAUGCAACGAUUUCCACUUUUUAAAAUCUACUCUCGACCCUCGGCUGACCAGAAGAAAGGACAUUUGUUGCACCUGGGAUCAAAGUCAGCUGUGGUCACGACCGAGUCUGACGCGAUGCCAGGACAAAUCCCAGAUCCCUCUGUGACAGCAGGCUCCCUGCCCAGCCUGGGCCCACUGGCUGGGAUCUCAGCCACCACACUGACUGACAAGCUCAAAUUUGGGGACUUCCAGGAGUUUGGUACAAUGCUGUCACCUCUGCACUUCCUGGACAGUCUGGGGAAGAGGCCCCUAGUGAUCAAAGCAGAGAGAGAUGAAGAGGACGACAGGAGGAAACGAAGGCGAGAGAAAAACAAAGUGGCUGCAGCUCGAUGUCGAAACAAAAAGAAAGAGAGAACAGAUUAUCUACAAAAGGAAUCCGAGAGACUAGAGAUGUUAAACUCUGACCUUAAAACCCAGAUUGAGGAGCUGAAGCUGGAACGACAGCAACUGAUCCUCAUGCUUAACCGACACCGCCCCACCUGUAUUGUCAGGACGGACAGCAUCAAAACCCCGGAGAGCGAGGCCAACCCCCUGCUGCAGCAACUGGAGGCCAAGUGAAGGUGCAACAACUUUCUACAGUUUACAGUUGAGAAGAAACAGCCAACUAGCAGCACUUAGCUUUAGGUCUCAGCCACAGAUGAGAUCCAUCCGAGUCCUCCCACCUUAUCUCACAGAGCGUUACGCCAUAAACUGUGGAUGUGAUUACAUCGGACACUGCUUUGGCGGUUAAAUCAAACUUCUUCUUGUUUGUCUCUCUUUCUUUCCCAUGUAUUUGUAGUUGUGGUCAUCAGACUCCAGCCACUAUCAGUAUGAAGUUAAACAGAAAACCCAACACAGCUAUUGGCACAUUACUUUACAUAAAGUUUGUUGUUUUAUGGUGGAUUUGUACUAUAUUCCUCCUUAGCUUUAGCCAUCGCUUCAUUUCCAGCAGCUAAAAAUUAAUUUUUCCGCUAUCGAAAACAUCAGUGUUUAAUAUCAGCUCAGUCAUUCCAGUCAUUAAUUUGGUGAUUUAGAAAUUAACAACUUUUAUUUGCUGAUUUCUUCUGAUAUUAGGAAUUUGAAAUGAAAUGCAUCUAGAAGAGGGCAAAUAGGUAGGCUUAUUAGACACAUUUAGUUUGAUUUGCUUUCUUAAGCAAGUACUUACACCCGCAGCCAGUCAGAAGCCUUUUUACUAUAAUAACCUUCAUGAGUCAUGAUCAUUUUUGUUUUUUUAUACAUUUGGUGGCAGAGCGGUUGAUGCUCUUUCUUAUUCCUAUGUUUUGGCGCAGGCGUCAUGUAUGCACAUAUAUUAUAUAUAUGGACUUUU